AUGUGCGGGCGUUUCGCUCUCGGACAGCAGCACAUCGACUUUCUCGAGGCGCUAGAUGCGCAGUACCCGCGUAUCUUCCGUCGGCAGCCUGGCGGACGCGCGCCGCAGCGCCUCCGCGGUGGAGGUCCACAUGACGAGGAGAAGCCGGACGUGAAGAACGAGGAAGCCGAGACUAAGCCAUCCACGGAAGAUGCGGAGGUCAAGGAUGAGAAGCCGCAGGCUGAGGACCUCGAGAGCAGCAAUGCGGCCGGCGAUGAGAGCGACGCGCCCAACGACCAGGAGGAAGCCGAGGACGACGACGAGCCCAAGACUGGCGACGAAGCUCCAAAGCCCUCCAAGGGCUCCGAGGACUUGAAGUGGCACGCCGCCCCUGCUCUUGGCUUCAAGUGGAAGCGCGAGCAGGACUUCUGGCCAAGGCGAGCUUCCGGAUUCACCACGUAG